AUGGGUGCAGCUAAGCCCUUCCACGUCGCCAUCAUCGGCGGCGGCAUCGCAGGAAUCACCCUCGCCAUAGCCCUGCACCACCGCAACAUCCCGCUCACAAUCUACGAGCAAGCACCUGCCUUCGGCGAAGUCGGUGCAGGAGUCUCCUUCUCGCCCAACGCCGUGCAGGCCAUGAAAGUAUGCCACGACGGCAUCCACAAAGCCUUUGAGAAAGUGUGCACGCGCAAUCUGUGGCCCAGCAAGCAGGACGUGUGGUUUGAUUACCUGGACGGGUCCAAUUCCGCGGAGCAAGAGCCGGGGAAGGGGCAGGAGAUCAAGUUUACGAUUCGGAAUGGGUUGGGGCAGAAUGGGGUACAUCGGGCGCAUUUUCUGGAUGAGAUGGUUAGGUUGAUUCCGGAGGGGAUUGCGAGGUUUAAUAAGCAUCUUGAGAGUGUGGGGGAGGGGGAGAGUGGGCGGUUGGCGAUGCGGUUUAGUGAUGGGAGCGUUGAGGAGGCGGAUGUGGUCAUUGGGUGCGACGGGAUUAAGUCCAAGGUGCGCGGGUUGAGUGUGGGUGAAAGCCAUCCGUCUGCGGCGCCGUCGUUUACGCACAAGUAUGCGUAUCGGGGGUUGGUGCCAAUGGAGAAGGCGAUUGAGGCGAUUGGGGAGGAGUUGGCGUCGAAUUCGUGCAUGCACAUGGGCCCGAAUAACCACAUGUUGACGUUCCCCGUGAAUCAAGGAAAAACGUUGAACAUCGUGGCUUUCCAUACUACGCCAGACGAGUGGACGGAUUAUCCGCGCCUGACUCGCUCGGGUACUCGGGAUGAAGCAUUGCGCGACUUUGCAGGUUACGGGCCGAACGUGACAAAUUUGCUGAAACUGACCGAUCCGGAGUUGGCUGUGUGGGCAAUCUAUGACCUAGGCGACAACCCGGUGCCAACAUUCUACAAAGGCCGCGUCGGAAUCGCCGGGGACGCAGCUCAUGCAACGUCCCCUCACCACGGAGCAGGCGCCGGGUUCUGCAUCGAGGACAGUGCGGUGCUAGCGACCCUGCUGUCAGAUGAACGGGUCACAACGGCCAAGGAUUUAGAAGCUGUGUUGGUGACAUUUGACACCGUGCGUCGCGAGCGCAGUCAGUGGUUGGUGCAGAGUAGUCGGUUUAUCGGCGAUGCGUAUGAAUGGCGGGCACCCGGAGUUGAGAGGGAUGUGGAGGGGAUCGAGAGGGAGAUUAACCGACGGAACGGCAUUAUUGCCAAUGUAGAUAUGGAGGAGAUGUGUGGAGAGAGUGUGAGGGUGUUGGGGGAGAAAUUGAGGGAGUCGCAUUUGUAG